AUGCCCCAAGGGCUUCUGCAGCCCAGGAUGGGGGACCCUGCUCAGGACGCAGGGGCUGGCACCAUGUGGGGCUCUGUCUGCUUCGGUCUGAGCAGAGCGCCUGCACCCCACCCGUGCACAUGCUCCAAGCCGCUCCCUGUCCACCACAGGGCCAGGAUGGACGACGACUUCUCCUCUCAGAUGAAGAAGAUGGCCUUGGCUAUGGGCACGUCCCUGUCGGACAAGGACAUAGAGCUGCUGCCCACGGACAUGCGGCAUCACGGCUCCUUCAACUACCUCAAGUUCCUGGAGUACAUGCAGAAGUUCCAGGCCUCGGGGCAGCUGGACAGCGCCAUCCGCCAGGCCUUCCAGACCCUGGACAAGGACAAGAGCGGCUUCAUCGAGUGGAACGAAAUCAAGUACAUCCUCUCCACCAUUCCCAGCAGCGGGCCCACCGCCCCGCUGACCGAUGAGGAGGCGGAGGCCAUGAUCCAGGCGGCCGACACGGACGGGGACGGGAGGAUUGACUUCGAAGAAUUUUCUGAAUUGAUCAAAAAGGAGAAAGUUCCAAAGAAGAAGUAGUGUACAGCCAGUCCCUGGCCGGGGGAGGGGACCCCAUGGGGCAUCGUGGGACAUCGGCAUGGCCGACCGAGGAGGCCAUAGGGGUGGACACAGCACGUGCCAGGAAAAUGGAAGAAAAGCAUCAUUAAAUGAACAUC